AUGCCUCACGACCACGACUCCACGCUCGAAAGUGGGACAGACUCAAGGCCCCAAGACGUCAGUAAAACCGAGAUUCACUUCUACCGUGGGACGAAACUCGGCCAAGUUUUAACCACCCCAUUUCAGACUUCUCAAACCAACACCAUCACCGCAUCAACUGGGAAUUCUUUAGACGCUCUCACACCCUUGCUCGGGUCCCUUGCCAUCGAUGCUUCGUCCACAAGCCCCAACCCUAAGUAUUUGGCCGAGACCCCUGAAAGAGAGGAUGAUGCUGCAUUGUCAACCCCAACCCCCGUAGUUGAAGCUGGCCCUGAACCAAGGCAGGGCGUGAUAGCGAAGGUGUGGCCCAGCCCGAAGCUAGUGGAAAGCAGCUCCGCUGCAUGCGUGCUAUGUGGUGUGACCGCUACAAUUGAGUCCAAAAUCUACGAGACUCUCUGCUGUCAGCAGAACGCCUGCGAGACUUGCUUGACAAACGCAAUACCCGAUCGCAUACAGUCCGAUAUCUGGUGCCAUAUGGGUUCGUUGGAGUGGUCUGGAUGUAUAGCCGGGCAGUGUUCGGCGCGCUCACGGGGAUUGGAUCUCCCUCUCCGGAUUGUACACGCCCAGUUUGGCAUGAUAACCAACGCCCAGCAGGCUCGUGUGAUAUUGGAGCUUGUAAAGCCACAGCCGUCACAACAGGAGUGGGAACUGGCCCAGAAGCUGCAUCAAACCCUGGUUGAGCAUGAGCUUGCCUACGCCUGGGAUGAAGCGCCGGGGUUUGAUAUGAACUCUAUGCUGAUGCUGCCCGUUCGCUCGGGCUUUCUGACCCAGCGCGUGCCUAUCCUCAAGGAUAUGCUGAAGACUAAGGUGAUGCGCUGUGCGCGGUGUUCGUUCGAUUUUAAUGCUGUGGAUACGACGAAGAACGAGGCAGCCUGGACAUAUGUCACCACGCGUUUCCCUGGAGACUGGUCAUGGAUGGUGCUGGGUCGCCCGUCCAAAGCUGUCUUGCCUCAGUGUGCCUCCAAGCACUCGCUUGACAUCUGCGCGGAUUGUCUUCCCAAGUUUGCCUUCGCUGCACUUGAGUUUGUUGAUGGUAUUGCGGGAGGCGGUAAUUACCGCUGGGCGUGUUCGAUGUGCAAGGAGAUCUGGACACCAAACCUGGUCGAAAAGCUAGCCCGGCUCGUAGAUCCCAGCCGUGUCCCGCGAAGCCUAUCAGGGUUGUCUAUCUCGUCAAACCUCCCUCAAGGGCUGGCCGCGAAGCCCGCUGCUCUCCCAUCGUCCUUAUCAUCCAUGUUUAAGCGUACCAACAAGCCGAACCUUCUAGGCGGUGGCGGUUCAUCCUUCGGUCCAUCACCAGGCCCGUCAGAAACCGCAGCCCACCAAGAGGCGCUAAUGAACGCCAUCGUUACCAAAAAGCCCAACGUGCGUUGGCGUGACGUAGCAGGGAUGUCCAUCGCAAAGGAAGAGCUCCAGCGAGCCAUUAUCUUCCCAGCCAAGUUCCCGAGCCUGUACAAUGGAAAGCGCAAGCCGCCCAACGCUAUCCUUUUGUACGGUCCCCCUGGCACGGGUAAAAGCCACCUUGCCAAAGCCGUUGCCACAGAAGUCAACCACACUUUCUUCAGCAUUAGUGCCGCUGACGUGGUGUCCAAAUGGAUGGGCGACAGUGAGAAAUUAGUCAGAAACCUAUUCACCCUUGCCCGGCAACACGCUUCCUCCAUCAUAUUCCUCGAUGAAAUUGAUGCACUCUGCUCCAACCGCGAGGGCAGCGGAUCCGGCGGCGCAGCAGGAGCAGGAGGAAUGGGAAACAAUGAGCACUCGAGCCGACUCAAAACAGAAUUAUUACUCCAGCUGGACGGGACCAUGCACACCGACGCUCCUGCCAGUAACGGUAGAGUGGUCGUCCUGGCCGCGACUAAUCUACCGUGGGUGUUGGACCCAGCUUUCCGAAGACGGUUUGAACCGCGCGUGUACGUAUCGUUGCCGGAUAGGGAGGCGAGGCGGGAGUUGUUUCGGAUUCAUGCCGAGCGUGGGGAUGAUGAACGGGGUGGAGAAGGGAGUAUCUUGAGUGAUGAAGACCUCAAUGAACUGGCGGAUAUGACGGACGGGUACUCGGGGAAUGACAUCGCGAAUGCAGUGAAGCAUGCGAUGGGUAUGCCUGUGAGGGAGGCGCAGCGGGCGAGAUAUUUUCGCGUGGUGAGUGAAAAGGGGGGGUUACUUGGUGAGAGUGGGAGUGAACAAGGGGGCAACGAGAAGUACUAUACGCCUUGUGGAGCGGACGAUGAGGGUGCCAUUAAGAUGGGAUGGGAGGAUGUACCGGAGAACAGGCUACGCGUAGGACCGGUCACUGCAGAGGAUUUCAAGCGAGUCCUGCGGAACCGAACCGUCAAGUCGUCGGUGGGUGCGGGCGAGUCGCAGAGGUAUGAAGACUGGACACGUGAAUUUGGCGUGGAGGGGAAAUAG